GGCACGAGACGGAGGCAGCUGCCACUGGCCGGGCGGGCGCGGAGUAGUCCGUGUGGCCAGGCUGGGCGAUGCCAUGGAGCCUCGGAGCGGAGCCGGUGUCGGGGGCUGGAGCGAGCCGGGCAGGAUCCUCGCCCUCCUCGGGCUGCUCCUGCGCGCCGCCUCCGCCGAGCAAGUGGUUUUACUGGAUUCCAAGGAGUCGCAAGCGGACCUGGGCUGGACAUCGCACCCUUCAAAUGGGUGGGAAGAAAUCAGCGGGGUGGACGAGAACUACAAGCCCAUCCGCACCUACCAGAUCUGUAACGUGAUGGAGCCGAAUCAGAACAACUGGCUGCAGACCGGCUGGAUUGCCAGGCACCGCGGCCAGAGGAUAUUCAUUGAGCUGAAGUUCACCCUCCGGGAUUGCAACAGCAUCCCAGGCGUGGUGGGCACCUGCAAGGAGACCUUCAACCUCUACUACGCGGAGUCUGACUCGGACCUGGGCCCCCGUGUCAGCGAGCAGAAGCACACCAAGAUCGACACGAUCGCGGCGGACGAGAGCUUCACCCAGGGGGAUCUGGGCGAGCGCAAGAUGAAGCUGAACGUGGAGCUGAGGGAAAUCGGGCACCUCCGCAAGAAGGGCUUCCACCUGGGCUUCCAGGACAUGGGGGCCUGCGUGGCCCUGGUCUCCGUGCGGGUCUAUUACAAGAAGUGCCUCUCCACGCUGCAGAACCUGGCCGUCUUCCCCGACACGGUGGCCGAAGCCGCGUUCGCCACGCUGGUGGAAGUCAGGGGGGCCUGCGUCAGUCAUUCGGGAGUGGAUGCGGACAGCACCCCCCGGAUGCACUGCAGCGCGGAGGGGGAGUGGCUGGUCCCCAUCGGGAAGUGCGCCUGCCAUGCUGGCUUUGAAGAAAAGGACGGCGGGUGCCAAGCCUGCCUGCCUGGGUUCUACAAGGAUUCCACUCGACUCCCCCGGUGCUUUCCUUGCCCUCCCCACAGCUUCACGCAGCAGGAAGGCGCCACGUUUUGCUUCUGCCAGACAAGCUACGCCCGGGCCCCGUCAGACCCACUCUCUGCACCCUGCACCCGUCCCCCAUCAGCUCCCAGAAACCUCCACUACAUGCUGAACAAGUCGGCGCUGAUUCUGGAGUGGAGCGUGCCACUCGACUCGGGCGGCCGCAGCGAUGUCACCUACAACCUGCGGUGCGUCUGCCGCUCCUCGGCCUCCCAGCAGCAGCAGUGUGAGCCGUGCGGGAGUGGGGUGAGCUUCAUGCCCCAGCAGAAGGGCCUGGUGGACAGAACGGUCACCCUGGGGAACUUGCUGCCCAACGCCAACUACACCAUCCGCGUCGAGGCCGUCAACGGCGUCUCAGACUACGGCUCCUCCUCGCCAAGGCAGCCCUUCUACGCUGAAGCGACGGUCUCCACUGGCCUGGCAGCACCGCAGAGUCCUGUGGCUGACAUCCGUGCUGACAGAGUUGAGCAGAAGAGCGUCUCCUUGUCUUGGCAGGCCAGCUACCCCAGCGCCAACAGCAGCGAGUUCGAGAUCACGUUCUACGAGAAGGACCAGAAAGACCAAAGCUACUCGACUGUGAAGACCUCCUCCCCAGCUGUGACCGUGGUCAACCUCAAGCCCAGCACCCUCUAUGUCUUCCAGAUCCAAACGUCGUCUGCCACCUUCCAGGAGGACCAUCAGAGCUACAGUCCCAGCAUUGAAGUGGAAACACUGGGAGAGACUGUCACCAUGGCUUCAAGCAAACAGAACCCCGUGGUGGUCGUGGUGGUGGUGUCGAUUGCUGGGCUGAUUGUGCUGGUGUCUGGGGUGCUGGGCAUCAUGACCUGGCGGAGGCAGUGCGGCUACAGCAAGGCAAGCCAGGAUGGAGAUGAGGAGCUCUACUUCCAUUUCAAGAUCCCGACCCGGAGGACCUACGUGGACCCAGAGACCUGCAAAGACCCCCUGCAGGCUGUCUAUCUCUUCGCCAAAGAGCUCGACAGUUCCAGCAUCAAGAUUGAGCGGAUCAUUGGGACGGGAGACUUUGGGGAGGUCUGCCAGGGGUGCCUGAAGCUGCCCAGCAAGCGAGAGCUCUCCGUGGCCAUCCAGACCCUGCGAGCCGGCUGCUCGGACAAGCAGAAGCGAGUCUUCCUGCAGGAGGCCAGCACCAUGGCUCAGUUUGACCACUCCCACGUCCUCCGCCUGGAGGGGGUCCUCACCAGAGGGAGCACCAUGAUGACCGUGGUGGAGUACAUGGGGAAUGGAGUGCUGGAUUCCUUUCUGAGGAAGCAUGAGGGACAGCUGGCAGUGCCCCAGCUGACUGGCAUGCUGCAUGAGAUUGCCUCCGGGAUGAACUACCUGGCGGAGAUGGGCUACGUCCACAAGAGGCUGACGGCCCACAAGGUCUUUGUGAGCGGGAACCUGGUCUGCAAGAUAUCUGGCUUCCGGCCAUUCACGGCAGGGAAGGUGGAGACUGUCUUCAGCACCUUGGGUGGCAAGAGCCUGGCGCUGUGGCUGGCCCCCGAAGCAGUCCAGCACGGCCGCUUCAGCUCGGCCAGUGACGUGUGGAGCUUUGGAAUCGUCAUGUGGGAGGUGAUGUCCUAUGGAGAGAGGCCUUACUGGGACAUGUCCAACCAGGACGUGAUCAAGGCCAUUGAGGACGGCUUCCGGCUUCCUGCCCCCGUGAACUGCCAGCCAGCUUUGCAUCAGCUCAUGCUAGAUUGCUGGCAGAAGGACUGUGGGGAGAGGCCCACGUUCUCCCACCUCCACAGCACCCUGGGCAAGAUGCUCCAGAACCCAGAGCCCUUGCAAAGCACCCUCUGCCCCUACAACAGGACCCUCGCCUUGCCCAGCCCUCUCGCCGAGUGCAGCUUCUCCACCUUCCCCUCCUUCAGCUCCGUAGGGGAGUGGCUAGAAGCCAUUGAGAUGAGCCGGUACAAGGACAGCUUUGUGGCCGCUGGCUACUGCUACUUGGAUUCCGUGGCCAGGAUGACCGUGCAGGACGUCCUAAGCUUGGGGAUCACCUCCCUGGGGCACCAGCAGGCCAUCCUGAGCGGGAUCCAGGCGCUGCGGGCCCAGGUGAUCCAGAUGCAGGGCCGAGGGGUGCAGGUGUGAGAGCCGCGAGGCUGGUCCUUCCACAGCCCUGCCUGCUGGAGGAACAGGCGCGGAGGCCUCCUCUGGCCCGGGACAGGGCCGCACCGCUGGAGACUUUCCCCCGGAGAGUGGGGCGGAGGCAGCUGCAUCCUGGAGCAGGAGGGAGAAGAUGGACACAGACUUCCCGGUUCCAGGAGAGGCCCAGAGCGGCCCCUAACUAGCAGCUGGAGGGCAGAGGAGUGUCUUCAGCUGGUUCUUCCCCCACUCCAAGCCAGUGGCACUUGUGGGGAGCCGCUGAGCUGCACAGACAACUACGCCCCAGAGAGGCUGAUUGGCUGGAGCCCAUGGAAUUGUCUGGACGGCCUCCCUCCUCCGUGGAGAACUGCCUCCUCUUCCCUUCCCCGGCCUUCCCUCGCUGCUGUAGCCGGUGGAGAACCCCCUUCUGCGUCAGAGAGACCUCGGGGUCAGCAGGAGCAGGAUUGCACCGAGCAGAAAUGGGGAGGUCUGUGUUCUAAAGGCUGGGGCUGCCGUUGUGCUCGCCUCCCCCAAGACCGGCCUCCCCCACAGCCAGCAAAAGUGGGGCUGGGGACAGAGAGAGCCCAGCAAGUAUGGCAGCUGAAAGGACGGGGGGCGGGGGCGCCUGCCUCCCAUGUUGCCAAGCUGGGUUGGUCUGCCCGGUGCUUCCCUUUGGGCCCUGAGUUUGGCACGUCUCCCUGCUGUGACUCGGCCUCUCUUCUGCCUCUUCCUUGCAAAGCGGCCUGCUCGUGGCGCAGGGAGCCCAGUGGGAGCUCUUGAGGCCUGCUCGACGCCUCGGCGGGAUGCAAGGAUUCUUCAGGCCACAGCAAAGCAGCCCCAGGACGGGCAGGGACGCUGGCGCGCAGGGGGGGGCAUGGCAGGCUCCUGGGGCAGCCCAACCCCCUGCCUCUGAGCCAACCCAUCCCUGGCAGCCGAUGCUUGUGGGGCACUCUGAGGCUUGCUGCCUUGCUAGGGCUGGACUUCUUUGCUGCCUGGGAUUUGGCCAGACGCCAGAGGAAGCAGCCGCCCACUGAGUCAGACAGACAGACCCUUGGUCCAUUCAGCCCAGAGUGGUCCUAGCUGAAGAUGCCAGGAAUUGACCCUGGGGCCUUCUGCAUACAAAGCCAAUGCUCUUCUGCUGAGCCACCCCCCCGCCCGAUGCUCAGGGUGUCUAGCAGCCGCGGCGGCUCAUCCUAAUGAACCGGAGGGGGUGGCAAAGGAGGCUCUGCUGCCUCUCCUUCUUGGGCUCCGUUUGCUCCUCUCU